GAGCGCGGUCAAGCAGACAUGAAUCACGAUGGAAUGUCAACCAGCAGGUUUCGCUGCCGUCGACUCCCCUGAGACAUUGGUGUCAACACACCCGUGGACACACCCCUCCGACUAUCAGGAAGCUGAGAGGUUCAAUGGACUGUCGCUCCUCUACUGGACCAUCAUGGGCCCACACGGCAUCAGCCGAGCCGUCCACAGACUGGAGUUCUGCGACUGUAAGCGUGGCCUCGGCGUGAAGGUCAUCGGAGGCUGCCGAGACGUGACCGGGGAGGACUUUGGCGUCUACGUGAAGAGAGUGGUGGCGGGGGGACUGGCUGCCCUGGACGGUCGGCUUAAGUCGGGUGACCUGAUUCUGGAUGUCAACAACAUCAGCCUGAUCGGGGUCACCAGCGAGAGGGCGGUGGAGAUCCUGAGGACGGCGUCCUUGUCCAAUCACAUGUCUCUGCUGGUUACCAGGGACGACGAGUCCAGGCGGGAGUUUGUGGAGCUGAUGGAGAAGUACGGCUCCGGCCCGUUCGCAUCCUCAGGUGGCAUCUCGCCAACGCCGCCAUCAGCAGGGAAGUUGCCGGACACGUCGUCUUCCUCCUCCAGGUCUGAGAGCCCCCAGCUCCUCAGUCCCAAAGAGGGGGUCUCUAGCCACGCCCCCUCCUACAGCGACCACGUCAUCCAGCUGAUCUGCAUCGCCAAGGGGAGCGGACUGGGCCUGGUCAUCCAGGGGGGUUCCAACCGUGCUGAGGGUCCCAUGGUGUCCAUCCAGGAGGUGGUGUGUGGAGGAGACUGCCAGAAGGACGGCCGGCUGCAGGUGGGAGACCAGCUGGUGUCCAUCAACAAGGAGUCUCUCAUUGGAGUGACGUACGAGGAGGCCAGGAGCAUCCUGACACGCACCAGACUCAGACCAGAUCCCACCGUGGAAGUGGCUUUCAUCCGGCGGCGCACUUCCUCCAGCUCCGGCAGCGGGCCCCACAGUCCCAUCUCCGUGCAGGGCUGUGGAGCCCAAGCGAGGCCCCCGGGCCUGAUAGCAGGUCCGCCCCCACCAGUGGUGAACACUAAGAUCACGUCCUGCAGGAACCCUGCCAGUGAGACCCUGCCCACGCUCAACCUCAGCCAGGUCCGAGUGUCUGCGGCCAGACCAGAGCAGACGUCCACACCUGAGGCCGCUACAAACACAGAUGGCGCCAGCAGCGACGGUGCCGUGGUCAGACUGGAGCGACUGGAGCAGGCUCUGGACCUGCUCCGCCUGAAGCCCACAGAAGCUGAGCGGCAGGCGUUCAGGUCCCGACUCCAAGCAGACCCGGCCGGGACGGUGGCCUUCACAGACUUUGAGAAGCUGACCAGGGACGUGUUCAGGCCUCAGCCGGAGGAGCUGGGGUCAAAGUUCACAUCCGAUGACCUGUUAAGUCUGCUGGAGUCGCCCACUUGCCAGCGGGACUCAGAGGAAAUGGAGCGCGUGAGGAAGGAGCAGAUGGAGGCUGUGAGAGAGAUGAAGAGGCUGCAGGAGCAGCUGCUGGAAUCUCAGAGGGUCCACGUGCAGAUGCAGGAGGAGCUGGACCGAGUCAAACAGGAAGCAAGAGUGGGAGCGGAGGAGCUGCGUGGUCUCAGGGCCGGCAUGCAGCUGGCGGAGGAGGCCCAGAGGCAGGCGCGAGGCAUGGAGAUGGACUACGAGGAGGUGGUCCAUCUGCUGGAGGCUGAGAUCGCUGAGCUGAAGAACCAAAGAGGCCGGCAGGAAGACGGCGAGCAGCUGAAGAAGAACGUGGCCGUGCUGGAAUGUCAGCUGCGGAAGAGCGAGGCCGCCAGGAAGGCUUUUGAGACGUCCACAGAAAAACUGCUGACUUUUGUGGAGAAUGUGGAAGAGUUCCUGAGUGAAGGACUAGGACCCACCAAGACUUCCAGCUGCGACGGCGAGGUGAAGGCGGGGCCUGACAAUAAGAAGGCGUGGUCAGUGUCCUGGCUGCUGCAGGAGGCCAAGGACCUGAGCAGGAAUGUGCGGGGGAGCACCCUGGACGUGGACAGUCUUCCUUACGGCUGGGAGGAGGCCUACACGGCAGACGGGGUCAAGUACUUCAUCAAUCAUGUGACCCAGACCACCUCGUGGCGCUCACCGGGGACCAUGACGACCCCGCCCCCAGACGGCUCAAACGGCCAGCCGGACUGUCGGCGCGGAGCGUCCGUGGAGACGGAGAUGUAGACGGUGAUGGUGCUGUUGCCAUGGUGACACGGGUGUUAGCUGACAGCCAAUCAGAAGCCAGAAGAAAGGCCGCAGUGGAAAAGACACAAUAAGAAAGUGUGUACUUAAAAUGUUGGGUGAACACAUGAAUGACAUGACUGUGUGUAAAGUAGAGCAGGUGUUGGGUGGACACAUGAAUGACAUGAGUGUGUGAGAAGUAGAGCAGG